GAUCCAAAUCUCAACUCUGUCUUCCCAAUCUAGCAAAUCUCAAAAGCUAAUCUCCAAAAAACCAAAUUUCAUUCCCAACCAAACUCCCAAAAGGAAUUUCCCUUUUCCCACAAGUUUCGAAUCAUUCUCAUCCACAAAUGCAUCCCUCCAAGCGCAGCCAAAGAUUCUUCAAGUUCCGUUGUAGCAGCAACCCCUCUUCAUAUUAUUGCACCAAAUUCUCUUCCUAAGAAUUAAACCAAUUUCAAGAAUUUCCCAAACUGUCCCUACAACUAUUUAGAUUUUCCACUUUUUUUUGGGUCCAUUAUUGUUAUUAAUAUUUCCGUUUAUUUCCAUCUUGUUUGAGAAAUUAGAAAAGUCUACUUUAAUUAACUAGACAAGAGAGAUAGAUGGUUGGCAAAUACUACGAGGUGUGCUUGUCAAACGUCGUUGUGGUAGGAAUGGCCUGGAUUAUGCUGAGGAUUGAUUACUCAAGACUCUUUUGGCUUCUCUUUGGCGUCUUUUCCUACGAAAACCACGAGGGAAAGCCUCGGAUUUAAUACCUACUUGGUUUUUUUUUUUUUUUUUUUUUUUUUUUCUUCUUCUAUUUCUAUAAUUAUCAAUCAUACCCUUCACGUUUAAUCUCCUAUAUUUCUAGGCGAUCAAUCCUUUCAAGCUUUUUCUUUUUGAUUAAUAUUCCACAAAAAGAGAGAGAGAGAGAGAGAGAAUAUUCUGAAGAAUUCUCUCUCUCCAAAAAAGAAAGGAAAAAAGGAGAGACUUUGUGAGCGGUAGUACUAGCUUGGGGUUUAGUAGCGGCGAAACAUGUACAAGAAGAAGCAUUUUGGUGGAGAUCAGUUUGCUGAUGAAGCCCAAGAAAACUACAGUGCUUAUGUUGAAACCGAUCCCACCGGUCGAUAUGGUCGGAUUGAAGAAGUUUUGGGGAAAGGGGCAAUGAAAACAGUGUACAAGGCAAUUGAUGAGGUACUUGGGAUGGAGGUGGCAUGGAACCAAGUCAAGCUCAAUGAAGUCCUUCGCUCGCCGGACGAUUUGCAGCGCCUCUACUCGGAGGUUCACCUUCUCAGCACACUCAAUCACGACUCCAUCAUGCGAUUCCACACCUCCUGGAUCAACGUUGAUCGGAGAACUUUCAAUUUCAUCACUGAAAUGUUUACUUCCGGGACUUUGAGAGAAUACAGAAAGAAAUACAAGCAAGUGGACAUACGGGCCAUUAAGAACUGGGCUCGACAGAUCCUAAAGGGCCUUGUUUAUCUACAUGGCCACGACCCUCCGGUGAUUCACAGAGAUCUCAAAUGUGACAACAUCUUUGUUAACGGCCAUCUUGGGCAGGUCAAGAUUGGUGAUCUUGGCCUAGCCGCAAUCCUCCGUGGUUCCCAAUCUGCUCACAGUGUUAUAGGCACACCGGAAUUUAUGGCACCAGAGUUGUACGAGGAAGAUUACAAUGAACUAGUUGAUGUGUAUUCAUUUGGGAUGUGUGUUUUGGAGAUGUUUACAUCAGAAUACCCCUACAGUGAAUGUACCAACCCUGCACAAAUUUACAAGAAAGUGACAUCGGGGAAGUUGCCAGCUGCAUUCUACAGAAUUCGAGACUUGGAAGCUCAGAGAUUCAUAGGGAAGUGCUUAGUCAAUGCUUCAAAGAGACUGCCGGCGAGAGAGCUUUUGCUUGACCCUUUUCUUGCCUGUGAUGAAGAUGAGAAUUCGGCUUUGCGAGGAGUUGGAAGUCAGAAGCCUUUCCUAAACGACAAGGAAAUGGGGAAGUUGAGAUUGAGGGAUGAUGUGCCCCGGACUGACAUGAAAAUCACAGGGAAGCUUAACCCUGAAGACGACACCAUUUUUCUCAAAGUUCAAUUUGCUGAUAAGGAUGGUUCUCUUAGGAACAUAUAUUUCCCAUUUGACACUGUUACUGACACAGCAAUUGAUGUUGCCACUGAGAUGGUGAAGGAAUUGGAGAUAUCUGAUUGGGAACCAUUUGAAAUAGCAGAAAUGAUCCAAGGGGAGAUUUCUGCUCUCAUACCACAUUAUGAUACUUUUAAUUAUCAAGAUGAUGAUGACGAAAAUGAUGGGACUCAUCAUCCUUUGUACUCUUUCUCAUCCUCUUCUUCAUCCCAAGCAUCAAUAUCAGGCUUGAUCACCUCACAUGGGGUUGACAACAUUGCAAAUCCUUGUGAUUGGCUCCAAGAUGAUUUGCUUGAUGAUAUCAGCUCUGUAAGCUCUUCACACUCAGGAACCUAUUCCAACUUGAAUUACAUUUCUGGAGAUGAUCAAAACGAGUCCAAUAUCAGCCCUGCAAUAGGAGACAAAAACCCCAACAUCAAUUACAAUACAAAGAUUCACAACGUUACAAGAUUUUGUCCCGAAGAGAGAUACCGAAAUAUCAAUUCAGGGCAAUCCAACGAGCAAUGCAAAGCUUUCAUGUCAUCUAGAGGUUCAAAGGACAAAAGGGUCGUCAUGGACAGCCUUAGAUUGAAUAGGAACACGUCAUUGGUGGACAUACGGAGUCAGUUGCUACACCGGUCGUUGGUCGAGGAGGUUUACAAGAGGCGGUUGUUUAACACGAUCGGAGCAGUCGAAAACAUCGGGUUUCAAUCACCUUAUGAUCAGGUGUCUAAGCAAAAUGCUAGUGGUGGUGGUGGUGCCAAUAAGAAAGCUUCAAGGAAUGUAAAGGGUCAUGAAGGAAAUCCGCAUAGAAGAGUUAAUUAAGCUCUUAUUUUGGAUGAAAGUUUUUGUUUAUUAAGAAGGAUAGAGGACUCUGACAUGCUCUAAUCUAUGGAGAUCCAAGGAAACGGCUUUGAUGGAUGAUUUUAUAUAGAUUAUGUUCUUCACUUGUGCAGAGUUUUAGGCACGAUUGAUUGUAAAUAUGUAUCAGCUAGCACAAUGUCACAAUUUGAGAGCAGAUCAAGGAUCUUUAGGUUCUCAAAAUGUCGUGAUGCCUUAUCUUGUGUAGUGCCCGCCAUUGAAUAGAAGGACAUUAUAGUAUCCUUUUUCAACAAGCAGGGAUCAAUAUAUCAUUAGCCAGAAGAAAAGAUAUAUAAAUAAAUAAGUGCCGGGGCAAAUAUGUACAUUUUGCGCUAUAAAGCAA